GCGCUUUCGUAAAAAGUCACGUGACCUUGUUCCUGCCGAGGCAGUAAAUAUCAGAAGCUAGCACUGACACUGCUAACCCAGCUACAGGUUUUUACCCAGUUCACCCCACCAUGUAUUCCGGGCCGUAGUGUUCUUUGGGUCCGCGGGAGGUCCGGUUUCCUCUGAAGGAUGAGAGAACUUUCCCUGCCGUAGGGGAAUAAAAUAAAUACGGAGGCACGACCGGGUUGGUCAAAUCUCAGCUUAGCAUCAGAAGUUUUAGCCGCCGCAGCAGCAGCAGCAGCAGCAGCAGGGCUGACGGAGGUAACGUCUCUGCCUUGUGACUAUGCAAGGGGACACUGCGGCGGUUCGGGUCGCGGAAAACGAGGGCAAGCUGGAUGGGUUUCCCCCGAACAGGACCCCGAAUUCGGGGAGGAAAAGCUGGCAGUACAGUGAUCACAUGGAGAACAUUGACGGCUACUUGAUGAAAUAUACAAACCUGGUGACAGGCUGGCAGUACAGGUUCUUCGUCCUGAACAACGACGCAGGCCUGCUGGAGUAUUUCGUUAAUGAGCAGUCUCGUCCACAAAAGCCCAGGGGUAUGCUCCCCCUGGCCGGGGCCGUCAUCUCUCCCAGCGAUGAGGAUUCUCAUACCUUUACUGUCAACGCCAUCAGCGGAGAGCAGUACAAGCUCAGAGCCAGCGAUGCCAAAGAGAGGCAGCACUGGGUCAGUAGACUGCAGAUCUGCACACAGCACCACACAGAGGCCAUGGGGAAGAGUAAUCCCCCUCCUAAUUCCCACAGCUACUCCGUGGCGUCUCAAAGCAGCGCCAGCUCGCCAAUGUCGCUACGGCGGCCCAGCCAAAACGCCACCGCCUUGUUCGGCUGGGCGCAGAGCCACAAGGGCUCGUCCAUCUACUCCAGCAAGAAGUCCUUGAUGCCGGACCACCUGUUGGACGCCAGAGAGAUGAUGAGCCAGGCCCAGGGCCAGCACAGGGACCUGAUCCAGGGCAUCGAGGGGCUGCCGGCAGUCCCCGGCCUCUCCCCUUUGGACCAGGACCUCCUGAUGCUCAAGGCCACGUCCAUGGCCACCAUGAGCUGCCUGAACGAGUGCCUGCACAUCCUGCACCUGCAGCAGGUCGCCCGCCAGAGGGCCUCCCUGGGAGGACCUACCAUCGAGUGGUUAGAGCCCAAAGUGCCCGACAUCCUGAAGAACGGCAGCAGCUCGCUGAGCGACUUCACCACGGGGGAGGCCCCGUUGGAGGGCGGCCACCUGGAGCUCAGCCCCCCCGACUCCGGCAGCUUCUCUGGGGAGCAGGAGGAGAUCGAUCCAGAGGAUGAGGUUGAGGACUCCUUCACGGAUCAGGAGGAGGACCUGGGAGCUGUGGAGGAGGAGCGCAGCGUCAUCCUGCACCUGCUGUCCCAGCUGAAACUCGGCAUGGACCUCACACGAGUGGUUCUCCCCACCUUCAUCCUGGAGAAGCGCUCUUUGCUGGAAAUGUAUGCAGACUUCAUGUCCCAUCCAGAGCUUUUCGUCACCAUUGCAGACGGCAACAGCCCCGAAGACCGCAUGGUCCGGUUCGUGGAGUAUUACCUCACGUCCUUCCACGAGGGCCGCAAGGGCGCCAUCGCCAAGAAGCCCUACAACCCCAUCAUCGGCGAGACCUUCCACUGCUCCUGGAGGGUUCCCAGGAGGCCCGAGACCUCCGCGGAGAGCCCGCAGGAUAGUCCGGAACCCUCCGCCGACACCCAGGAGCCCUAUCAAGUGCGCUUCAUGGCGGAGCAGGUGUCCCAUCAUCCACCAGUGUCGGGCUUCUACGCCGAGUGCCAGGAGAAGCAGAUGUGUGUGAACACGCAUGUGUGGACCAAGAGCAAAUUCAUGGGGAUGUCUAUUGGCGUGUCCAUGAUUGGAGAAGGCUGUUUGCAUUUACUGGAGCACGAUGAAGAGUACACGUUCACGCUGCCAUGCGCCUACGCCCGCUCCAUCCUCACUGUUCCUUGGGUGGAGCUAGGCGGAAAGGUCAACAUUGGCUGCAACAAAUCCGGCUACUCCGCCGUAAUCACCUUCCAGACGAAGCCCUUCUACGGCGGCAAAUUACACAAGGUAACAGCGGAGGUCAAGCACAACCCCACCAACGCGGUGGUAUGCAGAGUACAGGGUGAGUGGAACGGCGUGCUGGAGUUCAGCUACACCAGCGGAGAGACGAAGGUGGUCGACGUCACCAAGCUGCCCGUCACAAGGAAGCGAGUCCGGCCAAUAGAGAAGCAAGCGCCGACCGAGUCCAGACGCCUGUGGCAGCACGUGACGGAGGCCUUACGGCAGAAAGAUAUCGAAAAAGCUACUGAGCACAAGAGAGUCCUGGAGGAGAGGCAACGAACUGAGGAGAGGCACCGAGCAGAGACUGAAACACCAUGGAGGACCAGAUACUUUGAUCGGGAGGGCGAAGGCUGGGCUUACCGCAAACCUCUCUGGAAAAACUCUGCAUCGAAGUCCUAUGUCUCAUGUCUUUAAAAAGUGUUGUAGAUUCUGGAAUGUGAGUGUGAGCGGGAUGUGAAAGGAAGGCCUGCCCUGAAAGCCUCAUGGGGAGCGACGGCCUAUCAGGUGACGCUCACAGAGCCUCAGAGUUUGAGGCCACAUACCACUGAUCUGUUGGUUUUUUUUUAUAAUUAAACGUCAAUGAAUACAUAUUCUUGUACAGGUACUUACAGCCUUAAGACAGUUUGGAUGAAUGAUGCUCCCAGGUUGGGGAUCUGCUUGGUUUCCUUCUUUUUUUUUUCACGUUACGCUUCAGCUUCAAAAAAAAAAAAGGGGGACGUUUGUUCCUGAAGUGACAGAGAAAUAACCACAGUGCUGCCUCGUGUAGAACACACCCUGACAUUGCUUUGGAGGAAGUUCUCUUUUCAUGUUCCUCUACAGUCACGAUGUAUUUCAUCACGGUGAUCUAUGUGGUACAAAUUACGGACAUUGCUGUUGGAUGAUCAGGCAAAGUGCAACACAGGUGGUCUAGGGAGUUUUUAACAUAAAUUUGAUGGAAAAACAAAUUCAGAUGUUUAAAAUUGAGCUUCAAAUCUUGGGAAUCCCACAAUAAUGGCUGCAGAUUAAAGCAGCUGUAGUUUUGUUCUAAAGGGUUACAAAAAAAAAGUCUUGAGGUUAGACUAUGUCGACCAAGUAAUUAAAUAAAUUAACCGGGAAUUCAUUUUAUAAGCUAUAUUCAUGAAUAUAUUUUAGCAAGAAAGACACAUUUUGGCCUAUAAUAUCUUUAUUCUGUUAUUUUUCUCCCACACAUAUGAAUUAAUUUGUGCUUUGUCUUCAAGUGUUAAGCUUUAAUCUCUGACAUAUUUCCCCCAAUAAAAUGUAUGAUUUCUUUCCCCCCUGAUAGGCUGUGCUUUAAUUAGAUUUUAAUAAGUUUAGCCUGAUUAAAAAAAAAAAAGAAUUACAUAAUUUUGCUUCAAAGUGUCCUAUUUGUAUUCUGUCACAACAAAUCCUUCAAUAUAUUCAAAUAAGGUUCAAUUUAUUUUCUCUCAGUAGAUGUAAAACUCUUCAAAUUCCAAUUAGUAAGUGUUUAUUAACAUUAUGAACAUGUAAUAAAUGAUUAAUAAGCCACCGGCCACAGAACCCUAAGCAUAUUUCCAAGCUAGAAAAUCCAGUUUUUUUGUUUUUAAUAAUUUAUUGCAUGUUUAUUCAGUGAUUAACAUUUUUAUAUGUACUAAAUAGUUAAUUUUAAACUAAUGAUGUAAUUGGCCUAAAAACACUGUUUAAUAGUGUAAUAAAUAACAGCUUACUAAUAACAUAGCCCUAAGCAUGUUGUUUGCACGCAGAAAAUACUUUCCUACUAUAAUUUGUUUUAAGUUUAUAACUCAUUUAUUACAUGUUACUUUGCUCACUUUGAAGACUUAAUUGCUGGGAAGACAUAUGUCCUUUGGAGCUGACCCUACAUUCGGUUGUCACUUUGUUUUCUGUUAGCAAACACUUAAAUGCUCUUAAUAAACAUUUGUUUGUAGUAUAAAUAUGUAAUAAAUGGUCAUUAACUAACUAAUAACAUUGCUUUAAGGAUAUUGCUUACUUACGGACUUGCUUUUAAAUACAAGUUUGUUGUUUAUAAAUCAUUUAUUACAUGUUUGACUCAUGAAUGCUUGAUAACACAUUGUCCUUUUUAAAUCUGACACUACAUGUGAUUGCUGGGUUUAAUUAAUUUAGCUGCUAAUAAAAUGUUUGUACAUAAUGGAUGUUUUGAUGAAAGUACAAAUCUAACCCACUGCUGGAAUGGCAUGCAGUAGAGUAGGUGUCAGAUAACCAAAUCUGAUGACAUAAACUGUUUAGUCACAUGUAUAUGCAUCUAAGAAUUGCUCCCAAGCUGUUAUUUUAGGUUUGUCCCGCAUGGUGAUAAAGUCUGUCUGCUCUCAUCAGUUGCACCACGUCUUCCUCCUGUAAAUGGAAAUGCUUUUAACAAAUUCUUUUUGUCUUGCAAAUUCAUCUUUUCUUCCAACUCGUUCCUUCUCCCCUCCCCUGUGCUUUAAUUGCCUUUUAUUUUUAAAGCUGCUUUUUGUAAAGAAAGUCGCUUGCUCCACAAGUGGUUCUUUGAAAAUUUUCUUAUACUGUGAUCCAUUUUGUUUUACCCCAGCUGAAACCUUUUCUCACAGCGGGCCCUUAAAAACCGGUUAAAUCCACUCGGCCAUCGAUAAGCUACUCCCACUGCAGUCCUGGUGCCUUAUGCGACUUUUUCCUGUGCGUCUCUUUCCUGGGAAGGAGCACAGUAUUUCCCAACAGUUAUUUACCUGAAUGAUGCACUGAUGUAUGCUGUUUUUGAUGUGUAUUAUUUUCUAUUUUUCUUUGAAAAGAGUCAGUGCUUGUGGUCGAAAUGAGUCGGCGGAACACGUUUUAUUCCAAGUUCUGACAUACUGUUGUCUGUCUGAUUUGUGAAAUGCACUGAUCUUGGUGGAGACCUGAUAAUGUACAGGAAGGGGCGUGUGGUAAUAAUCAAAUAAAAAUGUGUAAACUGUG